UUAAGCCUUACCAGAUGACAUCUUUUCAAAUUCAUGGCAGUUGUGCUUUAUGCAUCCCUCCAAGUACAAAUUUGAGCAUCCGCGAUUUUGUCUGGAGCGGUUGGAAUAUGUUGGCCAAAAGAUUCAGGAUCUUGUUAUGGCUGAGAGAUUACUCAUGAAGCAUCUUGAUGCACCUGGAAGAUGGUUACAACUUACAAGAGAAGCAUCGCCGAUUAUUAAUGAACAAGUACUGUGGACGGUACCUGAGGCACAAGCACCUUCAUCGCUUCAUCAUAUAUGGUGAGUCAGUCCAAGACAAGUUUGAGCAUAAUCGUAGGCUCACAAAUCCGGCCACAACUGCAGUCCAACAAGCAAUACAUGGGCUUGCGUACACAGUCUAUGGCAAACCAGAUGUCAGGCGCUUGAUGUUCGAAGUGUUUGAUGUUGAGCAGAUCCAACCGAAGGCUGUUUGAGCUUCGAACUUCAUUAAUGCUGGUACUAUAGUGUUCAGUGCCCAAUAGGGUCAACAUGGAAGAAUGACUCUCAGUGUUUUAGAUUUAGAUUUUGCUUCAGUUCAUGUAAACAAGUCGGAUAAGGUGGGUAGAAUUUUUUGUAAUGGAACAACUGUAAAUUACAUAUUUUUUAAUGGAAAUUUGAUGAUAUCUAUCAUUAUUACAAAGCAUGAGUUCACUGUGGAACUCACUUCACUUCACCGUUGUUUCAGUUCAAGAAGGAAAGUUCAGGAUUGAGUCCUCUGUCAACUUUGACUGGUUGAGAACAAAUGGCUGUAAUAAUUUUGGAAGUAAACAGGUUCAACAAGACGAGGCAAAUAGAACAA